AUGGCCGAGAAAGCAAUUCAUGUAGUGAUGCUUCCAUGGUCUGCCUUUGGCCACUUGAUGCCGUUUUUCCAACUUUCCAUAGCCUUAGCCAAAAUUGGUGUUCGUGUCUCCUACGUAUCAACUCCCAGAAACAUUGAAAGACUUCCCAAAGUUCCUCCAGCUUUAGCUCAUUUGGUUGAUUUUGUGCAACUUCCUCUGCCAUCAUUGGACAAAGAUCUCUUGCCAGAAAAUGCUGAAGCCACCAUGGAUAUCCCUUUUGAAAAAAUUCAAUACUUAAAGUUGGCAUAUGACCAUCUCCAACAUGGUGUCAAGCAAUUUGUGGCCGAUCAGUUACCCGAUUGGAUCAUUUGUGACUUUAGUCCUUAUUGGAUUGUAGACAUUGCCCAAGAGUUUCAAGUAAAGCUAAUCUUCUUUAAUGUUUUCUCUUCUCCUGCAGUAACAUUAGCGGGAGCACCAAGUACGUGGAAAUUUCCUGUAUCUCCGGAAAGCCUAACAAAACCACCAGAAUGGGUGACAUUUCCAUCAUCAGUGGCUUAUCGAAGACACGAAGCAAUUACUUUAUGUGCUGGUACCAACGAGGUAAAUGCUUCCGGGGUGCCUGACAAUCAAAGACUCAAAACGGUAUGUUGUGCUUCUCAAGCAAUAUUAUUCCGUGGCUGUUACGAGAUUGACGGAGAAUACCUGAAUGCACUCCAGAAAUUAUUUGAGAAUCCUGUGAUUCCCAUCGGUUUGUUACCUAUAGAAAGAGGAAUUGUUGACGGGUCUAGGGAUAAGAUAUUUGAGUGGCUCGAUAAGCAAGCAUCCAAAUCAGUUAUAUUUGUAGGGUUUGGCAGUGAGUUGAAACUUAACAAGGACCAAAUUUUUGAGAUAGCCUAUGGACUUGAGGAGUCCGAAUUGUCAUUUUUAUGGGCACUGAGAAAACCAAGUUGGGCAAGCAAUGAUGAAGAUUUUCUACCUGCUGGUUUUAUUGAAAGGACAAAUAAUAGAGGAGCUGUUUGUAAGAGAUGGGUACCACAACUGGAAAUAUUGGCACAUCCAUCUAUUGGAGGGUCUUUGUUUCACUCUGGUUGGGGUUCUGUCAUUGAAACCUUGCAGUUUGGUCAUAUCCUAGUUGUAUUACCCUUCAUCAUAGAUCAACCUCCUAAUGCAAGGUUUUUGGUGGAAAAGGGUCUAGCCAUAGAAGUGAAUAGAAAUGAAGAUGGGUCAUUCACUAGAAAAGACAUCGCCAGAUCUCUUACACAAGCUAUGGUAUCAGAGGAAGGAAAGAAGAUAAGAAGCAAUGCAGAAGAAGCUGCUGCAAUUGUAGGAAACAUGGAACUCCACCAGGGUCAUUACAUAGCUGAAUUUGUUCAAUUUCUAAGGAGUGGAAUCUGGAAGCAGAAAUGA